CUCGCGACGGCGUAUGACGACGGGGGCAUAGCGACGCCCUACGCAACGUGAUUUACUGCAGUGGCUUUGAUGGGUGUCAAGGCUGGUAAAGGAAUGGGUGAGGGAUGUUGCUAGUUAACGACAUAGGCAUUCGGGUUUCCUUUUCAGGUUUGGCUUCUGGGUGUGGUUGGCAUGGCUGGGCGGUGUUGGGUUGCGUGGCUUUACGCUUGUACAAUACACAGCAUGACUUUCGGGGCCGGCAUACAAAAAAACAUACGGAAUGAGACAUUAAUACCCAAUAUUUGCGAACCCUUCGAUGCACGUGAUACCUUACUUGGGAAGCAAUCAUUACGCAAAUAUUCCCCCAAAUCACCGCAUGGCUUUCUCCAGAGGUGGAUUCUCUACGAGUGUAGAUAUCAACCAUUUCCUAUGAUGCGUCCAAGAACAUACAUUGUAACAUGACACCAUCUGCUGCUAAGGUACCUUUGGGCCAUACAUCCCCCCCCCCCCCUCCUUCCAGCAGUAUGAUCAUUGCUUGUUCCUGUGU